AUGCCAAAGCAACAACGAGGCCACAACGGCCAACCUUCGACCACACCUCUAAAACGUUCCGAUCGAGAGGCCGAUGAUGAACCAGAAAUCAAGAAAGACAUUCCUAAUAAUAAUAUUAAUAAUAAUAAUAACAACAACAACAGCGAGAACAGCUCAUUCCGAACAAGAACUCAAAAAGAGAAAAGAAAAGAAGAGACGCAAUUGAAUCAAGAUCACAAAAAAGUAAAAUUUGAAGAAGAGAUUGAAGAAGAGGAGGAGGACCAUUCUCUCACAACAGCAACAACUACGGAAGAUGACAAUGAUAAUGAAGAUAAUAUUGAAUCAUUAAAACAAGAACCUCCACAAAAUAGACAACCUGGACUCACUGAUCCAGACACUAAAAAGGAAUUAUCUGAAAUUAUUUCUGAAAUUAUGAAUAGAAAAGUUACACGAGACAACAAAUCACCUCAUUUAACCACUGAAUUACCUUUAUUAAUCAAUUCCAAGGCAAAAACUUAUCAACGAUUUAUGGAAUUCAUGAAAGAAGAAAGACAACAAAAAUCAACUGAAAAGCAAAGGAGAAAGUUGUUAAUGAGAAAUUACCAACCACCAUUGUUGUCGGAUUGGGAAAAGGAAAAAUCACUUUCAAGUGUUGCCACUCAAGGUAUUGUGAAAUUAUUGAACGCUGUACUUCAAAAAAAGAGAGAAUCUCUGGCAACUACAACAACCAACAGUGUGUAA